AUGGCCGCCAUCAAAAGGACGUUACCAAGCCUCCGGGACGCACUGCAUGUAGCCACCUCGCUCUGGCUCUUCACAGCAGAUGACAUGUUCUCCAUCAUGAUCCCCAACGUGGUCUGCAGUCUACUUAUCGCGGUCACAGGCAGCCCGUUUGGGCCGGCGAUUGCUUACACCCAACUUGCGGCGAGGACGCACGCCGUAGUGGCAUGGGUAUGGAUCAACCUGCUUUUCUUUAAUGUAUCAAACCAGCUACAGGACGAGUCGAUAGCGGAAGACCGCGAAAACAAGCCGUGGAGGCCACUGGCGUCUCGCAGGAUCAGCCAACCGCAGGCUAGGGUGCUGUACAUGGCACUUUGGCCCACGGUGUGGGUCAUCAGUAGCCUCACGGGGGGCAUUCUCCCCAGUAUCAGUCUUCAGCUGCUCGGGUUUGCGUACAACGAGCUGCAGAUGGGCGAGCAGUGGUGGUUCCGCAACUGCAUCAACGCCGGCGGAUACAUUAGCUUCCUCCUGGGCGCCGUGCAGGCGGCGCUGGGUACCUUUCGGCUGCAAUACUCGGAGCUGGCUCUGCGGUGGCUGCUGCUGGUGGCGGGCGCGGUGACCACGGGCAUCCACGCGAUGGACCUGUACGACCAGGUGGGCGACGCCAAACGAGAGCGCAAGACCAUCCCGCUCGUUUGGGGAGACCGCUGGGCACGCCGCAGCAUCGUGACCUCGGUGUCGCUGGUGUCGCUCAACGCCGCGCGCGCAAUUGGCGCUGGCAGCUCCGCCAGUGCGGGCCCCUCGAUUGUAUUGGCGGCCGUGAUUGCUGCGCGCCUGACAGAGCGCGCGCCGGCGUGCGUGCGCGAGGACAAGACCACGUUCAAAAUAUGGUGUUUGUGGAUCAUUUCGCUAUACUUGGUGCCGGUGCUGGACACUUUGAUAGUGAGGACGACGACGAUGCAGCCGCCCCGCCGCUGA